UGAUCUCUGUGGCGGACGCCAAGGUUUAGCGCGAUUGACUUGUUUUUGCAUUGCAAAAUUAACCAAUUCCCGGAGAGCAUUUUCACGACUAAACACAGCCAUUGGCGUUUUUCUGUGGCCGCCCCACCGCGGCCGGAUUAAAAGUCCAUUGUCUCGCGGGACUUCGGCUCAGUUGAGUGCGGAGUGUUUAGCUGUGAAAAUGGUCAGGAUUGUGCCCUUCCUUCUCGCCAUGGUGGCCUUCGUGGCUGUCGUGAUUGACGGUCAGCAGGACUGUCGUCAGCCACCGCCUCUGAGGAUUAAUCCGCGCGAGUGUUGUCAGCAGCCAAAACUGAUUAAGGACGCAAUCUUCGCCGACUGCUUCCAGCGCUUCAGCUUGAAGAGCCGAAGCGCCAGGCACGGAUCCGCCAGAGUGGUGCGCUCUCCGCGCAGAGGUCCUCCGCCCGGAUUCCCGACAGCCUGUGUGGCCGAGUGCGUGUUCAACAACACCAAUCUCUCAGUGGAAAAUCCCGAGAGCAUCUCAGAGCUCCUCGAGCAAUCACCGACCGAUAUCCAGGACUGGGCGCCGAUCUUCUCAGAGGGAUUCGCCGCUUGCUCCAAGAUUGUGCCAGAGAAGCUCCGCGAGAACGACGUAGACAAGCAAAUUGCACGACAACUGGACGGUUGCAGUCCACUUCCGGGAGCCAUCCUCACGUGCCUGCAUUCGCACGUCUUCUCGCGAUGCCCUCAGUCCGCCUGGAAGAACGUGCCUGAGUGCGGCCAACUGAGAGACUUCUUCACGGCAUGUCCGAUCCCACCGUUUAUCUAGCCACUUCUAGCCCAUAUCGUCAUCAAAACGCCGCUGAGAUCCUGCGCAAAACCCAGUGAAAAUAGUCAGAAAAAGUAUCAAUUUUCCCAAUGUAUUCACACGCGUGGAAAAAAGGCAACAGGCCAAACAAUAAACACAA